AUGUGGUUCCGACCGGCGGUGCCAACAACACCGCCUAACCUUAAAGAGAAACAUGUAAACAACGGCCGACGAGGCAAACGACGCGACUUCGUCAUCCCGACAUUACGACGAUCAACAUCAUCCAUUUGCUUCAGACGGACUCGUUCAAACGGCAAUCCUUGUUUCAAUGAGGAAUUUUUGCAAAGACUUGACAAUAUGGCAAAAAGAGAAAGCUCUCCAUUUCCGACUUCCCACGACACUCUAGGAAUAUCUUCCGUCAUGGAUACUCCGAGGUUCAUACCCUCCUCGCCUCCGAGAAUAAUGAGCCCUUAUAGACGGUCGGGCGUUCGCCACGAGAGACUAAGUCCGAACACAUCCGGUAUAAAUAACACCAUCCGCGCGCAAAAAGCAGGACAAGGACGAGCCUCCACUUCAAACGGUUCCAGCGACGGAGAAGAUUCUGAAACACACCUUUCGGAUUACACCUUCGACCUCAACAAACUCCCGAAUGCGGUAUCGAGUCUAGAGGCACAAGAGGAUAACACCACAAAAUCCAAGCAGUCGCCCAGAGACAACGACAACAUAUCGGAACCUCCUGGCCCAGACGAUUUUACAGAGAAUAUGGUCGAGUUACUGAACGGAGCAGAUGCACAAGUCGAGCAGAAUAACCAGGGAGAUAAUUUCAAAGAGGUUGUUCACACUGACGGGCUACCAGGCCGACCAGCCCAUGAUGAGAUCAGUGAAAUUGAGCCGCCGUUGGAAAUGUCUACCCCAGCCCACGUGCUUUCGGGGAAAAAUGGUUUUAACAAUCCUGAGACACUGUCAGAUAAAAAUAAUUCUACCAAUGAGGUAGAGCGGCUUCUAAAGGAGUUGAGGAAGAAGGAUGAGAUCAUCAGAGCGAAUCGACGAAGGGUUUUCGAUGCUGCAUCAAUCAUGCAACAAGUACGGCAUCUUCAGCUGGCCCUCGAACAAGAGAAGAAGCAGCGACAAGCGGAGUCGGCUUCCAAAGAUCAACAAAUUCGAGAGUUACAAAGCCAAGUUUGUGCAAAGGACGAACAAUUGCAAAGUAGUCGGGCUCAGUUGCAGGAAUUACAGCGUCUAAUGCAGUCUGUUAACCAGUCGCGACACGAACCCAAGGAGGAUGGAUUAAAUGAUAAACACAAAGAUGAGGAAUUAUUUGCUCUUCAGAAACAGUUUGAGGCGAAGGACAAGUCGUUUCAGCAGCUAAAGGCGAGGCUAGAUGAGACCAUAUCCUCUCAUCAGGUUGAAAUCUCAAAGAAAAAUGCGGAGAAUGACCAGCUCCGGUUUGAAUACGAUGAAAAUUUGCGCGAAUUAGAUAAAUUGGAUUCUGAUAUUGAGUCACUAACGCGUGAACGCGACGUUCUUGAGAAGAGAACCCAAGAUCUGGACAAAAUCGUUCAACACCUUGAGUCACAAAUUUCGGAAUUAAAACACAACCUUGCUAUGGAGAGAAAGGAAGCGAUUUCCAGCGUCGAUGCGUUGAAACGGGCGGCUGACGGGGUAUCGGUUGAUAUGGAGGGAAAAUCGUUUGGAAAAAUACCGGAUUCACUUGCCUGCGCUCAUCAAAAACAGCGGGACCCGGCCUAUUCCGAGUCUCACGCGGUCGGAAGUGUUGGCCAAAUGGAAGAAGCCGAGAGGGAUUUGACCGGGGUUCGAAUCCAACUGCAAGAGUCGAAAUCGUUGAAUGAGAUUUUGUCUCUCCAGUUGGAAUCAACUCGUGAGGGGCUUUCCGAAUCGCAGUCCGCUCUUUUGGCUGCAAAGGACAAAAGUUCUCAAUUGCUAUCCCAGUUAGAAUCCGCCAACUCGGAGAAGACCCAAUUAUCACAAAAGCUUGAAAGGAUAACUCAAGAGCGGGAUGAAGCAAUGCGGACGGCUACCGACUUGCGUAAUCAAGCAGCGGACCGGCAACCCUUGAGCCCUGCACCAUCCCUCCCUCCCGAAGUAUAUGAAAACCAAUGUCAACACGACAUCGACAGUCUCCAGAAGUCACAUCAGCAAGAAAUUGAUCGAAUUGAAAACUCCCAUGCAACCGAACUUUCUACUUUUCGGGAUACUCAUGCCAAGUCGACUCGUAGCUUACACGCACUUCUUCGAGCUGCACAAGAUCGUGAAAGUGAUCUACAAUCUCAACUUGUUGAUCUUCGAAAAUCAUUAUCCUCCAAAUCGAAAGAGUUGUCGGCUUUGGCAAACGAACAGGAGAGACUUGGAUCCAUCAUCGAAGCCAAAGACGCUGCAGCUGCGGCUUUGGAUACAAAGUUUGCCAAUGUUCUCAAGAGGAGAGAAGAGGUGUGGGAGUCGCGGAUAGACAAACUUCUACGCGAUAGAGAACGAAUGAGCAAAGCAUUGAUGUGGGCAUGGGGAGAGAUGGAAGUUGGGAAUGACAAGCCAAGCAGGGAUCAAAAGGCCACCAAAGGGGAAUGGCAUACCCAGGGGUAUAUGUAUAGAUAUGUUGAAAGGCCAAGAAGUGCAAGAUAA